CACUCCGCAUUCCUCCAAGUUCAAGUUCCUUACCUCCUCUUCUUCUCCUACCUCACACCCACUGCAAAAUCAAAACUUUAAACAGGAAAAAAGGACGAAGAACGCAAGAGAGAUGAGAACCCUCGCGGACACAACGUACGCACCCCUGUCGACGGCGACGGUCUCGACCCCGCCUGCGGUGCCGACGGCGUCGCACCGGUCGCCGUGGCACUCCCCUGUGCCGUACCUGUUCGGAGGCCUGGCGGCGAUGCUGGGGCUCAUAGGCUUCGCUCUCUUGAUCCUGGCCUGUUCCUACUGGAGGCUCUCCGGCAGUUCGAGCGGCGCCCAGGGAGACGAAGAGAACGGGGGCGAAGCAAAGACGGUCGAGGGAGAAGGGUACAACAAGGCCGUGAAGGUGUACGAAGAGAAGAUAGUGGUGAUCAUGGCCGGCGACGAGAAGCCCACCUUCCUCGCCACGCCGAUGUGCAGCAGAGGCCCUUCUUUCGGCGAUUCCCAAUGCAAGAGCAAUGGCGACGAUGGGGAGAGCUUCGAUGCGAAGAAGGAGAAGGAAGAGAAUUGCGACAAGACCAAGGAGACUACUGACAUCAACAACGAUGACGUUGGAGGUCACGUUGGUCAUGGUCAUAAUUCAGCAGCUGCUGAAGAAAACAGAGAAGCAGCAGAGGAUCAAACCCAGCAACAGGAUUAGCAAGCAGUCUGUGAUUGCGUGUGGCGAGAGCGAGAAAAACCAAGUUUUGUUUCGAUUUUGGCUUUGAGGCCUUCUUCUUUCUUUCUUUCUUUCUUUCUUUUUCCCCCUUUACUUCCCUUUUCAUGGCUAAUCGGGAAAUGUAAAUCAUUUUUGGAGAGGAAUUGAGAUGAGAACGGGUUCUCUUCA